AUGGCGCCCGGCCGUGACGGUCGCGACCGCGACACCAGCGCCGACCGCAAUGCCCCCCACGACGACGACGACAUCACGGCCCUGAACGAGCGAUAUCCCUACGUCCGCCCGACGCCCCCCCGACGGGCCAGCUCGUCGCCCUCCGUCACCGCACUCGCCUCGGCCCGCAGGAGGUCGCUGGCUGGCGACCACGGCGGCUCCAGGAGGGGACAUGACGGCCACGAGCUGCAGACGAUACCCUCGACGGUGCCAAUGGCCGACCCGAAGCAGCAGGGCGCCGCUGUCGUGUCCGAAGAUGCGGCUGCAGGCACGGAAAAGAGCGCCGGCGGAGACGUGAAGCCGGUAGCGUCGCAUGGGACGGCCGCGUCGCGACUCUGCUUUUGGCGACCUGGCGCGAACAAGAGGCGGCUCAAGAGGGUCACUCGAAAGGAGCGCGCAAUGCAGCAGCUGGCCCUCCUCUACCAACGAUUCAUCGUCGAGGGCCUCUUGCGUCGCAAACCGCUCCCGCCGACGGCAGAUGGCCGCCAUAUCCCCCUGUGCCCCUCGCGCGACGUGGGCCCCGGGGGCCUCAUCGACGAGCGCAGCGGCAAGUCCUAUAUCAGCAACUUUAUCCGGUCAAGCAGAUACACUGUCUACGACUUUAUCCCCAAGCAGCUCGUCUUCCAGUUCAGCAAGAUUGGCAACUUUUACUUUCUCAUCAUGGCUAUUCUGCAGAUGAUCCCGGGGCUGAGCACAGUCGGACGCUGGACCACCGCUGUGCCCCUGGGCAUCUUCGUGGCCUUCAGCAUGGGCAAGGAAGGCUACGACGACUACAGGCGGUACCAGCUCGACAAGGUUGAGAACCGAAGCAAGGUGUCGGUUCUGGAAGCCGGCGUCCGGAGCCGUGACGACUCAAAGCGGGCUGGCAAAUCGCAAAAAGGUCCCGAUGAUAUCGAGGAGACGGCCUUGCGGGAUCUCGAGGGCGGCGGUAGGCCUAGCAUGGGCACUGCCAAUUGGGUCACGGUGCAAUGGCAAAAUGUGCGUGUCGGCGACGUGCUGCGGCUGCGACGAGACCAGGCUGCCCCCGCCGACAUGGUUCUCCUGCAUGCCACUGGACCCAACGGCGUGGCAUAUAUCGAGACUAUGGCUCUCGACGGUGAGACCAACCUCAAAAGCAAGCAGACCUGCCCUCUGCUGGUCGAGCGGUGUGCCACUUUAGAAGGCAUUACGUCUGCACAGGCUACCAUUGUCUCUGAGGACCCCAACCUUGACCUCUACAACUACGAAGGGAGGGUGGUGGUCGAUGGUGAGACGCUGCCUCUGUCCCUCAACAACGUCAUCUUCCGCGGGUCGACCCUCCGAAACACAUCCGAAGCCAUUGGCCUAGUCGUCAACUCGGGAGAGGAGUGCAAGAUUCGCAUGAACGCCAACAAGAACGUCCGCGCCAAGAAGCCCGCCAUGCAGACCAUCAUUAACAAGAUGGUACUGUUCCAGAUCCUCGUCGUCCUGGCACUGGCCGGUGGGCUGACAGGCGGAUACUACAUCUGGGAGCCCAGUGUCCACGCUUCGUCAUUCAUCCCCAGCUCCCCUGUUUACAACGGCCACGUCUCGUUCAAAGAAAUUCUUGUCGGCUUCAUUCUCAUGUUCAACACCUUGAUUCCUGUCUCGUUGUACAUCAGCAUGGAAAUCAUCAAGAUAGGACAGUUCCUUCUCAUGCGGGAUGUUGACAUGUACGAUCCCGUCACCGACACGCCUAUGGUGGCCAACACAACCACCAUUUUGGAGAACCUGGGGCAGGUCAGCUACGUUUUCUCGGACAAGACGGGAACCAUGACGCAAAACCUGAUGCGCUUCCGCAAGCUCAGCGUCGCCGGUGUCGCGUGCCUGCACGACAUGGACGUCCAAAGGGACGAGGCCGCGAGGCAUGGCAAAGGCAAAGGCAAGGAUAUGCCAGCUUCUUCGGCGCCUAUGAAGGCGUUGAGGGAAGAUGAUGACGAAGAAGACGAUGACAUGAGCAUCAAGGCGAAGCCGUACCCGGUUCGGCAGGGCUCGCUGAGCUCCAUGCCGCUCUGGAAAUCCUCGGUCCGCCCUGAUGAGGCACCCGAGAUGAAGACGGAGGAGCUGCUCGACUACAUCCAGCGCAGGCCAAACACGACAUUCUCACGCAAGGCCAAGCAGUUCCUGCUGUGCAUCGCCCUUUGCCACACCUGCUUGCCUGAGAUCAAGGACGACGGGGAGCUGGCCUUCCAGGCUGCCUCCCCCGACGAGCUUGCUCUGGUCGAGGCCGCGCGCGAUCUGGGCUUUUUGCUGAUCGAUCGACCCGCCCAGUCAAUCAAGCUCCAGAUGCGGGACGUGGACGGAUCGCUGCAUGUCGAGACGUACCAGGUUCUGGACGUGGUGGAGUUUAGCAGCAAGCGGAAGCGAAUGUCCAUCGUCAUCAGGAUGCCGGACGGGCGCAUUUGCGUGUUCUGCAAAGGUGCUGAUAACGUCAUAAUGUCGCGCCUUAAGCUGAGCCACCUGGCGGAGCAAAAGGCUAAGGAUAUCAGUCGUAGAGCCAGCUUGCGGAAAACCUUUGAGCAGGACAAGGCGCUGCGGCGAAUGAGCGAGCAGGGUGGCAGCGCCAAGGGGACGCCUCGGACGAGCUUCGCCAUGAGGCGGGCCGACUCGAGCGACGUGAGGGAAGGGGGGCUGAGGCUGAGCCUCGGUAGACGUUCGACGGAUCUUGCCCGGCUCGCGCAGACGGACGGGGUCGCAUCAUGGCUCAACCGGCGUCGAACGGAAGAGCUGCCCUCCCCUCGGGCGUCGACCGACCUGCGCACGCGGUCGUUUGACCACGGCUCUUGGGUCGACGAGUCCCUGGCCGGCAACGAAGCCGCCGUGUUUGAGCGGUGCUUCCAGCACGUCGACGACUUUGCGUCCGAGGGCCUGCGCACGCUUCUCUACGCGUACCGCUACGUCGACGAGGACUCGUACGCCAGCUGGAAGGAACUGUACCACGAGGCGCAGACGAGUCUCGUGGACCGCCAAAGGCUCAUCGAAGAGGCCGGCGAGGUGAUUGAGCAAAAGUUUGACCUCGCCGGGGCGACGGCCAUUGAGGACAAGCUGCAGGAGGGAGUCCCGGAGACGAUUGACAAGCUGCGCCGAGCCAAUAUCAAGAUCUGGAUGAUUACGGGAGACAAGCGCGAGACGGCCAUCAACAUCGGCCAUUCGGCAAGGCUGUGCAAGCCCUUUUCCGAGCUCUAUAUCCUCGAUGUCACCGAGGGCGACCUGCAGGAGUCGAUGACGGCCAUCCUCAACGAUGUGUGCCGAGGCAUGGUACCGCACUCGGUGCUCGUCGUGGAUGGCCAGACGCUCGCCGCAGUGGAUGCCGAUAACGAGUCGUUGCUUCUGUUCAAUGACCUCGUGGUGCGCGUGGACUCGGUCAUCUGCUGCCGAGCGUCACCGUCGCAAAAGGCCGAUCUGAUCAAGUCGAUCCGCCGCCAUGUCCCGGACAGUAUGACGCUGGCGAUUGGCGACGGUGCCAACGACAUUGGCAUGAUCCAGGCGUCACACGUGGGCAUCGGCAUAUCGGGGCGCGAGGGCCUGCAGGCGUCUCGCAUCGCCGACUAUUCAAUCGCGCAGUUCCGCUUUCUGCAGAAGCUGCUCUUUGUCCACGGCCGCUGGAACUACCUGCGCACUGGCAAGUACGUCUUGGCCACGUUCUGGAAGGAAAUUGUCUUCUUCUUCGUGCAGGCGCACUUUCAGCGGUACACGGGGUACACGGGCACGUCGCUGUUUGAGUCGUGGAGCUUGACCGUCUUUAAUAGCGCCUUUACGUCGCUCCCCGUCAUCCUGCUGGGCAUCUUCGACCGCGACCUCGCGCCCGAGACGCUGCUGGCGGUGCCGGAGCUGUACACCUUUGGCCAGCGCAACCAGGGCUUCAACUUUGCGCAGUACUUUGGCUGGAUGAUUAUGGCCACUGCGGAGAGCCUCAUCAUCUUCUUUACCAUGUACGGGGUGUAUGCCCAGUCUCUGUUCACCAACGACACCGGUCUGUUUGCCAUGGGCAUGAUUUGCUUUACCGUGGCCGUCAUCUUUAUCAACAUCAAGCUCUUGGUGCUCGAGGUGCACAGCAAGACGGCCAUUAUAUUCGGUGGGCUCUUCAUCUCCAUCGGAGGUUGGUUCCUGUGGAACAUUAUCCUCUCAGCCGGGUAUAAACGCCAGGUGGGCCCGUACAUUGUCCGCGACUCUUUCUUGCGCAACUUUGGGCGGGAGCUGCAGUGGUGGGUGACGAUGCUGCUGGGCCUGACGGUGCUGGUGGCGCUCGAGCUGGUGGUGCAGGGCGUGCGACGGGUUUACUGGCCCACGGACCAAGACCUGAUGCAGCGCAUCGAGCGGGACAAGGGCGUGAGGCGCGUCAUGAAGAUGUAUGCCGGCGACGGCGCCGACGAUGACCACGACGAUGAAAGUGACGCCAGCGACGAAGAGUACGGCGCGCACGGGGACAUUGAGAUGCGCGAGGGCAUGGGCAGGAAGGGCCGCGGGCUGCACGACGGCGUGGACGAGGCGAGGGCCAAGUCGGUGAGCCCGAACCCAGGCCAGCAACGGCGGGAAAGCUACGACCAGCAGCAGCACGCGGCGGCGCCUCGCAGGCACGUCAGGGUCAGCGUGGACGAAUACCGGCCGCCGAAGUGGUCGCCCCCGGCGGAGGAGCGCGAGAAUCCGUUUGACAGCACGCCGGGGCGGGCGCUGUGA